CAACACAUGACUGGUUCACAUAGGGCUAGUAUCAGGAGGAAAGCGGAAACAACAGUACUAUUAUCGCAGCGGCGCCAUCUCGAUGUAACCUGGUCAACUUGAAAGCAGCGCAUCGGAAAAGGACGGAUGGAGCUCAGGAUGGCAUCUAUGGAUAAACCUUUUAUACCCGAUUUUUACAAGGAUAAGGACAUUUUUAUAACUGGAGCAACCGGGUUUAUGGGAAAGGUGCUCCUGGAGAAGCUACUCCGAUCAUGUGGUGGUCUGCGCCGAAUAUUUGUCCUGAUGCGUGCCAAAGGAGGAGCGUCGCCCCAAGCCCGCCUCGACGAAUUACUCGAUUCAGAAAUAUUCCACGCUCUGCGCUGUUCCGAUUCACACUUCGCGCGAGGCAAGGUGAUCGCCGUGGAAGGGGACCUCACCCUGCCGGAACUUGGUCUCAGCGCCGAACACCGCAGAGCGUUGCUGGACAACGUCGACAUCGUCUUCCAUUCGGCCGCCAUUGUCAAGUUCGACGAACCACUGAAGAGUUCCAUUGACAUGAACGUUCUAGGCACAAGGAGACUGCUGCAGCUCUGUCAGGGCAUGAGCAAGCUAAAGGCCCUGGUGCACGUGUCGACGGCGUACUGCAACUGCGACAAGGAGGAGGUGGCGGAGGUCAUAUACCCGCCGCCUUUCGACCCGCAGAACGUCAUCGAUGCGGUCAGCUGGAUGGACGAUCCGCUGGUGGAGGCCAUCACGCCCAAGUUGCUGGGCAGCCGGCCCAACAUGUACACCUUCACCAAGGCCCUGGCCGAGACAUUGGUGGCCGACGAGAGGGGAUCCCUGCCUGUGGCCAUCGUCAGGCCAUCCAUCGUCACAGCCGCCUGGCAGGAACCCAUACCGGGCUGGAUUGACAAUAUCAACGGACCCACUGGCCUUCUUGUAGCAUCCGGCAAAGGUCUCCUCCGAUCUAUGGUGGCAGACACGGAAAAGGCAGCCGACUUCGUACCCGUGGACGUGGUCAUCAACACUAUGAUCAUCGUAGCUUGGCACACUGCAAUGCACAGGCCGGACAAGGUCGCAGUGUACCACGUGGCGUCGGGCACCCUACGCAAGCUGACGUGGGGCGACAUCGAGACAAUCGCGUACCCACUCCUUCUCUGGCACCCGAUGCCGCACGCUGUUCGGCACCCGGGCGGCAGCUUCAAGAAGAGCCGUUUCCUGAACGUGCUCUCCAUGUUCUUCGAGCACCGGUGCCCCGCCGUGAUUUUCGACGCCUACCUGUGGCUCUCCGGAAGGAAGCCCAAGAUGCUCCGCCUGUUCAACAAGCUCUACAAGGUGAUGGUCUCCCUCGAGUACUUCACCACCCAUGAGUGGCGAUUCCACUGCGGGAACUUGCUGGCACUCCUGCAGGAAAUAUCACCCGCAGACCGAAAGACGUUCUGUGCGGACCUCCGACUGCUGGAUUGGGGUAACUACUUCAAGGAUUACGUGGUGGGUACACGAAAGUUCGUGCUCAAGGAGGACCCUUCCACCGUGCCGGAGGGACGAAACGCGCUGCGCAGGCUGUACAUCUACCAGCAGCUGCUGUACGCCGCGCUCAUCGCUCUCGCCUGGCGUCUCAUCAUGCUCAAGUCCAAGUCGGCGUGUCGCCUCUGGCACGGCCUCGUCUCGCUCUUCCUGCCCCUGCUGAGCCUCGUGUCGUCUGCGUUCGGGCUGCCAUACCCGGAAGACGCGUCGCCGCACCCCGCGCCUUCUUCUACCGGCGUCAGGCCGUAAAACGCUACACUCACAUUAAAUGUCAUUGGCGUAGCGCAUCCGUGACUGGCCGAAGAGCGACACAAACAAACAACGUGCUAACUUUGACCGACACAUCUAUUUCGUCACCUACGCCAUACAUUUGCGGAGAGUACAGUCAUCUACACUACUAACAAGAACGAGUUCGUUCCUUUAAGUUUAUGCUUGGUUUUGUGGGAGCCCAAAAGCGAGAAAUGGCGCUAGGACAGCUAAAACGCUAUCGUAACGGACAGACGAAGAUGGAAACGCUCUAGUAACAAUGGAGGAGAUCAUCACGGAAGAAAGGGAGCCUUGAAAGAAUAGUCGCGUGACACUACUGAACCCCACAGACAUAAAAAAAGACAAAGACAAACGCAUUGUAAAACGGCCCUUACCUCGUCAUUAACUCGGCCAGUAAGCUACAACGGUGUCCAAGGCGUCCUAACUAUUCCUCUAGCAAAUAUAUUUCACGCCUUAUUUUUUAAAGCUUCGAAUCAUUUGUUCUUUUUCUAGUCGCUAUUACAUCGCCAGUUCCCUUAGUCGCGGCUCAUAGCAUUGGGCCGGCAGUAUCUCCGCAAUGUGAACCGUGACAGUCACAGACAUUUCUAGUCACAACACAAUUUUAUAUUUCGUACGGGAGGCAAUCGUACCGUGAACACGAGCCUAUCGUAUACCUGCGGCACGAAUUUACGUUUUAUGUAAGCGCACUGUGGUUGUAACACAAGGCGUAUGUGCGUUUUCUUCUUCUUCAAACAUUGCCUGCAAAGCUAUAAAGGCGGGUCGUUGUACUUAUUCCUUCCUUGUUCGACCACUGUUAUUCACUUCAAACAUCUACGUUUCCGUGAACCUCGGCAUCGCUCAUUUUCUGUUAGUUUGCUUCCUCUGUAGCUUUUUCCGAUAGUUACAACAAAAAAUGGAGCCACGUCGCCGAAGAAGGAAAAAAAAAACGACAAGCCUAACAAUGCAAACUUUGACACGCAAUACUGAGGGAAACGUAGUACACAUGCGAUAUUUAACUGUAUAGCGAUCAUUCGGGCUCGUUACAAAAUAACCGAUGCAAUUUUUCUAACAAAUGAAGUGGUUUCCAAUUUUGCGAUCUGCAACUGUCUUUACCCUCGGGUUCGGACACAAUUUUCUAGGCACAAUUUUCUGAAAGUCAUCGCCCAUAGUAAUACCACCAGCAGUAUAUAACUUCGAGCAGUUUUCUUUUUGUUGUCGUUGUUUUGCACAUAUGUUUCCGUCAAGCUGUAGCAAGCCACAAACACGCAGAAGUAUUGCCGGCCUCUAAAAACGAAAGUUGGGGCAAUUUUUCUUUCUGAGACUAUACUAUAGAGGCCGACUGCAAUAAGAAGUCAGCAAGUGAAAACUGACGCCUUGGUAACUCAGCGCGUACUUCUGUUGAAAAAACGGGGCCAACGGACGAGAUCAAUGACAAAACCGGCAAACACACUCCUGUGGUUGUUCGGAUAACUUUCUAUCCUUUCGUUGUCAAAAAAAAUAAAAAGAAAGACUGAUUUACAUGAAGUUAUGCGAUGAAAUUUGUAAUUUUUAUCUCUGUCAGCUUUUCUUUCUCCCUGCUGUAUCUGUGUGUUGUGUUGCAGUGAAUGUUUCAUUGUGCCACUGUAGGCAUGUCUUAUUGUAUUUGUACGCGUGUUUCAUUAAAAGCUUGCACUGCGAA